UCCGAAAUUUGAAAACGCCCUUUAGCUCGGUAGCUCUUAGCGUACGUGACACACGGGUUUGGCAGAAAGUAAAACUCUUUUAUUUUAUCCCUAAUACAAUGGACCCGUUCAACGAAAAAGAUAUCAAAAUGUACUUUUAUGAGAACCGACUGAAAACUUUCGAGGGCUGGCCGUUCGACGAGGACUGCAUGUGCACCCCGGAGAACAUGGCCAAAGCUGGAUUCAUCCACACACCGUCAGAGAACAGCCCUGAUAUUGCCAUGUGUUUCUUCUGUCGCAAAGAGCUGGAGGGCUGGGAGCCGGAGGAUGAUCCGGAACAGGAGCACAAAUCUCAUUCCCCCUCCUGCCACUUCAUCAGCCUGAAGAAGAAAGUAGAAGAGCUGACUGUGGAAGAAUUCUUCAAACUACAGAAGGAGAGACACAAGUUUAUCAGUAACAAGUCUUGUAACGAGGCCAUCACCAAGUUUGAAGAGGCAGCCAAGCUGAGAAGAGCAGACAUCAUCAAGACUGCCAUGGGAGAAGAGUGACACUAGAAUAGAUGCAGAUGAGAUGUGAGAUGUGCAGCGUGAGAGAGAAUAAUUGUAGAUGGUGUCUGACUGGUUCCUCUCUGAACUCAUUUUAUGUUUCCUUCCUGUCGUCUUUGUAAUUCUGUAUAUUUGUUAUCUUUCUGCUUUCAUAUCAUCUGUUUUUACUCAUUAAACUUUAUCUUUUUCUGCCCUA